AAGAUACGUAGUGCUAGGUUUCCAACGGCUUCGCCAUGUUCAAACCGUGCGUGAUACUGUUAUUGGUAAACAUUUCGAUGCAAUGUACACUGACUAGUUUUAAAAACAAUACAAUAGAGAUAAAUGGUGUAAAUGAAACCAUCAGUGGUUGUAUUUCACCGGACACCAUUGGAUUUAAAGGUGAAAUUUCCAGAAUAUAUAUAAAAGAUCAAAACAUUCGAGAUUUAAAUUACGGUGCAGUUCAGGGAAUUUCAAGCAAGUUUGCUAUCGAUUUCUUUGAUGCCGGAAUUGAGAUUAUAAGAGAAGGGGCCUUCUUGCAUCUUCCCCGACUUUCUUGGAUAUUUUUUUGGUUCAACAAAAUCUUCUGGAUUAGUGAAAAUUCAUUUCAAGAUUUGCCGUCAUUAGAGGGAGUGCACCUGGUCGGUAAUAAUUUCACAGAUAUGUCGCCCCGUGCUUUUAAUAAUCUUCCAAAGUUAACUACCCUGUAUCUUGUCGACAAUAAAUUGGAAAAUUUCAACUCAUCUUGGUUUUAUAAAACGCCAGCUGUUCACCUCAUAAUGUUGGGACAGAAUCGCUUGCGUAAGAUUCAACGAGGUGCCUUUAUCAAUCUACCAGCUAUUGAGGCACUAGACUUAAAUAGAAAUUUAAUAGAGUUCAUCCACAAAGACGCCUUUAUAGGAUUAAGAAACUUGUGGCAUUUAAAUUUGGCUGAAAACAAAUUAAAAAGUUUUGACUGUAAUUUCUACGCCCCUACGAAAUUGAAGGAAGUUGAUAUUCGCAAUAAUAACAUAACCUACAUAUCUGAUGAAGUGCUGGACGUAAUACGACCCCAAUUAUCGAAACUUAUCGUAACCGAUAAUCCUUUGCAAUGUGCCUGCCUGGAUAAAAUAGUACAAUGGAGUGACGCCUUUAAUAUAAGUGUCCCACAGAAGAAGGAAUUACAACAGUCCGGCGCCGUUUGUGUAUUUCCAAAGACAAAACCAAGCCAGUGUCUUGAAAGAGGCGAUGAUGAUUUCCAAGAGGGAUUCUGGGUUAGUUUUGUACGUGAACGCGCACCAGUCAAACCGUUUGAGUAUAAUUUUGAAUAAACUCGAUCACAGUAGCAUUGCCAUUUUUUAGUUUGAAAAUGUGCCAUUACUUUUUGUUAAUGCGGAUAAUAAAAGUUACUCAAAAAUC